GUUGCCGUUACUGCUGUGUUGUUGCGAGUGAUAGUGGUUAAGCCGGUUCCGCUACCUGCAUAGCGCCAACCCCCCGUCUAGGGUCAGACUACCCUUUCAACUUUGCUAGCCACUGCGCCGACAGCAAAAUUAUCUCCGCUGAAACUGGGAAAGCUGUUACAGUUGAAGCAGUCCCGAGACAACCUACAUCAAGCCUCCAGGCACCCUGCCACAUACUCGGAGCACCGACAAGCUUUUUCUGGACUCCCCGAUCAUCUUUGCCGCAAACCCAGACUCUUGAUACUUUCACGAUCUCCCUAACACCAAAAUUUAUUACUUAGAUGGCAGUUAAGCAGCCAGUCGCCAACGACGAGGUGUCGCAUGAGAACAGCAGAUCGGAACAGGACAACAGGGCUUCUAAGCAUGACAGGUCUUCCAGAGCGUGUCUGGUGUGUAGACAACGGAAGGUGAAGUGCGAUGCAUUGGAAUGCUACCCAGAUAAGUGCACAAAUUGCGUCCAGUUCAAUAUUAAAAAUUGUUUUCUACCUGCCCCUAAGAAGAGGAAAAGUAAGAAAAUAGAGGAGCUGCUGAAGACAAACUUGUCUCUCCAAAAUUCCCCCAACUCAAGUGACUUAUCCGGAGAUGCGACCUUCUUGAACAUUAGCACAGAUGGCCCCUACCCCUCAUUCGUUGGUGAAGACAUACAGCGCAAACACCCUGACCUGGCUGAAAUUCAGUUGGACCCAGCCAGAGUAUUGAAAUAUAUCCCAGGCUCGGUGGAAAGAAAUGCCGACUUUACAGACUGGAUCAGACCUUUUAUGGGCACUGUUUUGAAAUCUUUCCUAUCAGAACACUCAAAUAAUCCUACAGGUUACACCAAGAUUAAUGCUACAGAGUAUUCACAUUUGGUGCAGUCAGGAUGCUUUCUUUUGCCAGCACCCGAUGUAUGUUGGAAAUGGAUCAAUGCUUUUUUUACCACCAGAUUGUGCCAGUACCCGAUUCUUAUUGAAAGCACAUUCCGGGAAGAAUACAAGGACUUAACCAACCCUCCAAGCUUGCUAUUGUUACAUUCUAUAAUAUACUGUGGUGCAAAGUACUAUGACGAUCCUUCAUGGUCUACUGCUGAAAGAUUGGCUCAUAUUGAGAAAACUGAGAUUUUAUACACUAGAGCCCUGACUUUUUACGACAAAAAAAUCGAGAUGGAUUUGUUGUGUCAACUACAAUCAUUAUUGAUGAUGGCAAACUAUAAGACUGCUAAUGAUCAAUGCCUAAGAGCAGAUCCUUUUUUAUCAGAGUUUCGCUAG